AUGGCGGCGAUGGUGCACGUGGCCUCCGACCCCUGCCAGAGCAACCCCGUGCAGCCGAAGAGCCCCUCGGCGGCCAGUUCCAGGUCCGUCGCGUGGCGCGCGCCCGUCCUUGCCCUCGCGCGGGGCGAGGUCGAGAGCCGGCUGGCGCGCGUCCGGGGGCUCGUGCCGGCGGGUGAGGCGGAGGGGCCAGAGCAGGCGGCCGAUUACCUCGUGGACGGUCGUCGCUUGGCUGUGGACGUGAGGGUUUCCGACGAGAACGGCCAGCACGUUUACAAGAGCAGCUUGCUGGACGAUGAACUGUCCAGGGAACGGCCCGGUGUUGCCAGCAAGCCAGAAGCACAUGCUCGGAGGCGCCGCUUCGGCUUUUCGGGCGGCUCGGGGAAUCUAGUCGAGCUGAAGGUAGAAGCGACUGGCUGCGAGCUCAGCAGUAGAUGGCCCAGAUAUCGUCUCAGCCAGCUGCACGUGCACAUUCUGUAUCGAGAAUCGCCUAGUGACGAUUAUUGGGAUCCCGGCGCGGACACUAACGAUGAUGAUGAUGUCUUUGAGCUGUCCAAAAUCCAGCACGACAUAUUGGAGAUGUUCAUAAAGUCCGUCCGUAUCGUGAAGGCUGCUACCGCACUAUCUUCGUUCUCUCUGGGCUCGGUCCCCAGCCGCCCGCGGCGCUGCCUGCACCCCUACAAGAAGGAGCCUGGGCCCGGCGUCGAGCUGGUGGAUGCCGCGGCCGAAGUUCUUGUGGGGCUCUGCACGACGGCCGUGUGUGCCCUCAACGGCUCCUGCUCGGCGGAGCGGCCUCGGAGGGCCACGGCGCAGCCCCGGCCGCGGCGCACGCUCGAGUGGGCCGUGGAGGAUCUCAAGGCGGGCGCCCGGCCGUCGACGGGGGCCGGCGAGGCGGCGAAGGUCGUGCCCAAGCGCUCGCUGACCUGGGGCGGCGCCGGGGCUCCGGGCGCGCAGAGGACCUGCAGCCCGCGGGGGAAGAGCCGGAGGAAGGUGGCGGACGGCCCCGGAAGAGGGCUCGCCUCGGGAGGCCUGGACGUUGCGGAUGCAGAGGCGCCGACCGAGCUGGACCCGACGCCCUGGGACGGACCGACAACGUCGGACGACUCGCUCCACCUGUGGCGCGCCGUGGCGAACCAGGACCCAGAGGUGGAGGCCGAGCUGCGCAAGAUCGAGGAGCAGUCUCGUGAGCGCGGGGGCAGGAAUUGGUUGAGCCGGGUGCUGGAGCACCGGCGAAAGUUCCGGCACACGAGCAACCCGAAGCCGCUCACAGGGACCGUGCUGCUCUUCGCGCUACAGGAGCUCGAGCAGGCCGUGUCCGCGGAUGUCAGCGGCGACAUCGCAGCCGACAUCUGCACCAGGCUCGUGGAAAGAGGGGCUGACGCGGAAGCGACGUACAAGGUCGAGAGGUGCGGCAAAGAGCAAGCGGAGCUGGUCGCGCCCCUCUGCUUUGCCGCGCGCAGCACGCGCGCGCUCGAGCUGCUCCGGGAGUUCAAGGUGGCGUUCGGGAAGGCGUCCAGGAUCAAUUAUUUCAGGCACGGCUCGCUCCUGUGGCAGGCCGUGUGGAUAAACGACGAGGACAUGGUGAGAUUCCUGCUGCAGGCUGACAGGGCCGACCAACGCCUCAGGGGCGGGAAGCACUUGUACGAAGUGGCUUACGUUGACUCGCGCGAAGUAGCGCUCCCAAGGGUCUUGCAGUGCAGCAGCAUCAAGGACGCCAAACACAACCGAACAGACCGCGCGGGUGGUGACGCAUCCUGCUUCCAGAUAUCUAAUAUUGCGAGAGCAAGUCGGAGAGGGAGAAGGUGUGGAGAAUAG